UUGGAGGCGUGCAGCUCUUAAACUUCUGCACUUCUCACUGGGAAAUCAGCAUAGGCCACUCUAAUAAGUAAUGGAGAUACCAGUAUUCAUUGUUGAUGCAUUUACCAAUUUACCUUUCAAAGGAAAUCCUGCAGCAGUUUGUCCCCUUUUACAUGAAUUGCAGGAUGAUAUGUACCAGAAAAUUGCUGCUGAGAUGAACCUGUCAGAGACUGCCUUCAUCAUAAGGCUAAAUUCAAAAGAUGACUUCAGCUCAGGAGCACGCUUCCGCUUGCGUUGGUUCAGCCCCACCAAUGAGGUUCCUCUGUGUGGACAUGCCACCCUAGCUUCAGCUGCUGUACUGUUUUACAAAAAAAAAAAUGUCAACGCAACAGUGGUAUUUGAGACUUUGAGUGGAGAGCUGUAUGUGCAACAACAGGGGGAAUCUAUAGUGAUGGAUUUCCCUCUGAACAAACCUACUCCGCUGGGUCUCAAUGAAUUUAAAGACAUAGUUAAUGCUGCUGUGGGAGACCAGCCGGUUCGAGAAGUGUGCCUCUGUGGCACCACCAAAAAGCUAAUGGUGCGCCUUGCUGACACUUGUGACAGGUCAGUGCUCACAUCCCUGCAGCCAGACCCAGCAGUUCUUCUCCGUGUAAACACUGGAGGAAGGGUUAGGGGUCUGAUUGUCACCAUGAUUGGAGCCCCUGGCUGUCAGCCUGGCUAUGACUUCUACUCCAGAAACUUCUCCCCCUGGUUUGGGAUUCCUGAGGACCCUGUGACUGGCUCUGCACAUACUGUCCUUGCAGGCUACUGGUCUGAGAAACUGGGCAAGAAAAAGAUGCUGGCCUAUCAGUGCUCCAGUCGUGGUGGGGAGUUGGAGCUGGAACUACGGGAUGAUGGCAGACUGAAUAUCGCUGGCCAGGCUGUAACCGUCCUGCAAGGGAUUCUAACUGUGUAGAGGCUAUACUGUUCACGUCGACCUAGCCAAAUAAUCUGUAGACCUAGCUGUGGCUAGAUUAUUUGAGUUUGAGAUUAACAAUUUGAUACAAUGGAAUAGUCAUUUAACAGAUGCUGUUAUCCAGAGCGAUUUACAGGUUUGGGUUAAGUGCCAUGCCAAGGGCACAGGCAGACUUUUCACCAAGUUGGCUCAGGAUUCAAACCAGCAACUUUUCAGUUACUGGCCCAACGGUCUUUAACCGCUAGUCUACCUGCCGCUCUAGUGAACACUCGGCAUACAAUCCUCACCAUUUGUAUUUGGACAGUAAUCUUAAUUUAACAUUUAGGCUCUAUAGUCCAGCAUUUUGGAUUUGAGAUCAAGUUGAGUAGGAGGCGAGAAUACAGAAUGUCACUUAAUGUGAGGGUAUUUUCAUACAUAUUGGUUGCAACACUAUAUACACAGAGCGUUGCCAUUCUUAAAAUUACUUAUUUUGGUGUUCAAACUUUUGUUCAUGUUUUAUCUAAACUCUGGCACUGCAACAUAAGCAUGAGGAAGUGUAUUGCUGGUUAGGGUAAGUUUCUGAAAACCAAGUGAAAUCGCAAAAAAAGAAAGUGUCUGUAACCUCCUGUUCUCUACAUGUGACCCCAUGUCUGGACUCCAAAAUGCAGAUUUGGUUCCAAUAAAGAAAACUUCUCAUUUAAUAAGACAAAAGCCCUUCAUGAAUCGUGUCCCCCCAUUUUAAGUCAGAAUUAGAAUUUAUGCUUCAUUUUCCAAAUACAUAUGGUGAGAACUGUAUUUCAACAGUCUGGAAUUUUACUGACAGGGACACAAGGGAAACAAAAAUGUACAA